AUGGACUCCCGGGAAUCAAAUAAGAAGACAGCAUCACAACAAGAUACCAUCCCACCGGCUCCUCCUCUCCCUCCAUUCAACAAUCUCCACAAGAGCAACACUGCCGUCAAGCCAGCAAUCAACCUAAAAGUCACCUCAGACCCCCCGACCUGGAUCAGAGCCUCACAAGUCAUCGAGGCAGAACCUCCUCCCAUAGGCUCUUACUUCUUCUACGGCACACUCCAAUCACCUUCCCUUCUCCGUGAAAUCCUCCAACUUCCCUCUACCCCUGACCUUCAUCCCGCUCAGCUCACCAAUGCUUCUUACGAGUUGAAAUUAUGGGGCCAGUACCCUGCUCUAGUCAAACUGCCUUUGUCCGACUCUGCUGGAUCAGAGAGACCUGCGAUAUCAGGCUCAUUGUACGAAAUCUCAAGCGAACAGCACGCACAACGGCUCCAGGAGUAUGAGACCAAGGCGUAUAAAGUGGAGAAAUGCACGAUUCGAGUGGCUCCGUUGGACGGAGAUGAGAAAGUGGUUGAGGGUUGGACAUUCGUUUACUCGGGAGAUGCUAGAGAUUUGAGUGAUGGGGUUUUUGAUCUGGGAAUUUGGUUGAGGAGGAUGAGGAGGACGUGA